AUGGUGGAAAUGAUCCUUCGCACUAUGCCCCUUCCAAGUACAGCGGUCACUGUCAACGCCGCUUGUCGCGAUUCAGUCGCUCAAGACACAAUCGCCUUUUUCAGUAGCGCCCCACUCACUUUAGAUACCAAUGUCACCGAUUCUGUAGCCUGUGCGUCAAAAUGCGAGACUCUCAACGGCUGCGAAUCCUGGCUUUUCAACACCGGUGGCUGGUAUGACCUGUUCCGCAAUUCCGCCGUGGCCACUGCUUCGAGCCCGCACUUUGUCUUUGGGGGGUGCGCGAAAGACAGUCCUCGUUCGUCUGUUGUUGUUUCAAGCAUUGCUUCUGCUACACCUAUCGUUGCGAAUCUGCAUGGAAAAAGACAUCUCGAAGCUCACAAGAAGCAUGGGCAUUCAUUCCACAGCCACUAG